UCUUUUGACAAGCCAUUCCUCUUGGUUUUCCGCGUUUUCAGUGAUGCGAACACGUAACGUUAUUUUGUCAUGCUGAGCCAAACAAAACCCGAGUGGCUGGCGGUUAGUGGCUCGUUGAACGCUCAUCGGACAACAUGAAACGGGCACUUAGAAAGUCUCAGUCUCUGCGUUGCUGUUCGGUCCUCGAGGUGAAAAGUAAAUAUGGUGCAGAAUUCAGGCGGUUUUCCCUGGACCACUUUGAGCCUGGCAGGUAUAAAGACUUCCACAGGCUCAUUGUGCGUUUACAUCACUUAUGGCAAAUGGAUGUCCUUAUCAGAUAUGCGGAUGUCCAAGGAGACCUGCUGCCCAUCAAUAAUGAUGACAACUUUUGCAAAGCUGUGACCUCCACACAAACUUUACUGCGGAUCUUCAUUCAGCUUCAAGAGGAAGCUGACCAUGAUAUCACAGGUGCUGAAGAUACAACAAAACGAAAGAAACCUGUCAGCCAGAGAAAAACACCAUUCCAGAUCAGCAUGCCACAGAACUUCCGCCCUGUUUCGUCUAUCAUUGACGUGGACAUCAUACCAGAAUGCCACCGAAGGGUGCGUCUGUAUCGCCAGGGCUCGGACAGACCUCUGGGGUUCUACAUUCGCGAUGGUACCACUGUCAGGGUUACUCCAUACGGUCUGGAAAAGGUUCCGGGCAUCUUUAUCUCCCGCAUAGUUCCUGGAGGACUAGCGGCUUGUACGGGACUGCUGGCCAUUAAUGACCAGGUCCUAGAAGUGAAUGGUAUUGAUGUUAUGCGGAAGUCUUUGGAUCAGGUAACCGACAUGAUGAUCGCAAACAGCCACAACCUCAUCAUCACAGUGAAACCUGCAAACCAGCAUAACAACAUUAGGCGAAAAAGCUGUAGUUCCUCAAGCUCGGGACACUAUUUUGAUAGUACGCACUCCGUAUGCUAUCCAGGGCUGCCUAUGAUAAUGAAAGCUUAUGGUUUAGGUAAUGGCUCUGAGAGCGAAGAGGAUGCAGAUGUGUUUGUGGAGAGCCCCAUCAAACACCUGUCCCAACAUCCGUGUUCUUCAGCCACCUCUCAUUCUUCUCAGCCUUAUGUUAAUAAUUGCUACAGGCCCCACGUUUCUGCCAGACGGCCCAACUCGCUCAUUUCAGCUGCAUCCUAUCACUCUCAGCCUUGUCUUGCUCAUACAGCUCACACUGACCACAGCGCCUCUCUUCACAGGCAUCGGACCUCCCAACAGCAUUUCGGCUGUAAUCCAGCCAUCCGACAGGGAAGCUCCAGUACCCAUGACAUUCUAAACACGUGGCAUGUAGAUCUGAGUCGCCAUUUACUGUUGUCCCAGGGGGCAAUGGAGGAAGAUGGAAUUGUUGUUAUUUUGUAAAAGAUAAACCGAAAAUACACCACCCAUUUUAAACUGUGCACUACAAUUUAUAAAUUACUCGAUAUAUAAUUACUUGCAUGUCAGGUUUUUACUGAUAAUUUUUAAGAUUACUAUAGAUUCUGCAUGUUAAGGAAAUUCUUUGUUAUCUAUCAUAAGAAUACUUUCUGAAAAUCCUUAGAUCGUUCACCUAAAAAUACAAAUUCUGUCAUCGUUCACUUACUCUCAUAUCACCCCCAAACCUGUAUGAUUUUUUUCUUCUUCUUUGGAACAAAAAUUAUGAAAUUUUGAAAAAUGUUGGUGUUAAUGGUGACUGUUGACUUUGACUGUAUGGUAAAAAAAAAAAGAAAAAUAAAUAUAUUAUUUUAUGUUCCACAUUAGAAAGAAAAUUACAGAAGUUUGGAAUUACAUGAGGGUGAAUGAAUUAAGGCAUUUUUUUAACUUUUGGGUGAGCUAUGCAUUAAAUAAAAAUAAUUGGAAAAUACAGUAAUUUUACAUUUAAUUAAAUGCACCUCUACUCAAAUACUUUGUGUAUUACAAACAUAACUGAAAACCCCAAUACAUUUAGGUUAAUAUAUGUGUUAAACUAACAUCAUUGAAUCUCUUUCAGUUAAUUAGCACAUGAAUUGGUGAUUGUUUUCUAUCAGAUGUAUCAUAUGGUUUCUUACAAAAAAGGUAAUUAUAUUAGAAAUUUCCUAUUACACACAACAUAUUUCUAUAAUUUUUGAUGUAGUCCAACACAGUUUGCUUAAGCAAACAUCUAUUUUGACUGAACAAAGUUGACUGCACAAAAUGAAAUGAAGUCUUUUCAAGAAUGGUGUUGUAUUAGCUCAUUUUAAUAAAGGAAACUGAACAA